AGAGCUGGGACACAGAGAGGUAUGGAGAGGGGGUGCGGUGGGACCUAGAGGGAGCAGAGGAGCUGGGUGACAGCGGUGAGAGCCUGGGGAGAGGAGCAGAAACAGAAGGGAGAGAAAGGAGGCAGAAGACAGGGGAACUUGUGGGUUGCAGAGCCAUUCAGUCAUGCUAGGAGCCAAGCCACACUGGCUACCAGGUCCCCUACACAGCCCGGGGCUACCCUUGGCCCUGGUGCUUCUGGCCCUGGGGACAGGGUGGGCCCAGGAGGGGUCAGAGCCAGUCCUGCUGGAGGGCGAGUGCCUGGUGGUCUGUGAGCCUGGCCGAGCUGCUGCAGGGGGUCCAGGAGGAGCAGCCCUGGGAGAGGCGCCCCCGGGACGAGUGGCAUUUGCUGCAGUUCGAAGCCACCACCACGAGCCAGCAGGGGAGACCGGCAAUGGCACCAGCGGAGCCAUCUACUUCGACCAGGUCCUGGUGAAUGAGGGCGGUGGCUUUGACCGGGCCUCGGGCUCCUUCGUGGCCCCUGUCCGGGGCGUCUACAGCUUCCGAUUCCAUGUGGUGAAAGUGUACAACCGCCAAACCGUCCAGGUGAGCCUGAUGCUGAACACGUGGCCUGUCAUCUCAGCCUUUGCCAAUGACCCUGAUGUGACACGGGAGGCAGCCACCAGCUCUGUGCUACUGCCCUUGGAUCCUGGGGACCGGGUAUCCCUGCGCCUGCGUCGGGGAAACCUACUGGGUGGCUGGAAAUACUCGAGCUUCUCUGGCUUCCUCAUCUUCCCCCUCUAA